AUGAAGCAAAGAUUCUCGUCCUUGGACGUCAAGGUCAUCUCCCAGGAACUCGCCUCGGAGCUGGUCAAUCUGCGAGUCUCGAAUAUCUACGAUCUUUCGUCGAGAAUCUUCCUCUUUAAACUGGCUAAACCUGACCAUCGCAAACAAUUUAUUGUCGACUCCGGGUUCCGAUGCCAUGUUACCCAAUAUUCGCGACCGACGGCCACCGCACCCUCUCCAUUCGUGACUCGUCUACGAAAAUUCCUCAAGUCGCGCCGGAUUACCUCGAUUGAGCAGAUCGGUACCGACCGGGUCAUCGAUAUCUCUUUCAGCGAUGGCAUGUACCACAUGUUUCUGGAGUUCUUCGCGGGAGGAAACAUCAUCGUCACCGAUCGUGAGCACAAAAUGCUGGCUGUGUUCCGCCAAGUUUCCGCUGCGGAAGGGGAGGAAGCUCGUGUUGGCUUGCAAUAUGCCUUAACGAAUAAGCAAAACUACAACGGUGUUCCGGAGAUCACGCUGGACAGGAUCAAAGAAACGGUGGAAAAGGCAAAGGCACUAUUUGCGCGGGAAGACGGCACGCCGAAGAAGUCGAAGAAAAAGAAUGCGGAUGUUUUGCGCAAAGCAUUGUCUCAGGGAUUUCCAGAGUAUCCGCCGCUUUUACUCGAUCACGCUUUUGCUGUCAAGGAGGUCGAUCCUACUACGCCGCUAGAUCAGGUCUUGCAGGAGGAGGGUUUAUUGCGACAGGUUGAAGGGGUUUUAAAGGAGGCUCAGGGCGAAACUGUACGACUAUCCACCGAACGGAGUCAUCCUGGCUAUAUUGUCGCACAAACAGACACUCGGUCCAAUACCCAAGAGAGGACUGAUAAUGAGACGACGUCCUCCGGCAAACCCAGUGUUCUGUACGAAGACUUCCAUCCUUUCAGGCCUCGACAAUUCGAGGAGAAACCGGGCGUCACAAUCCUAGAAUUCCCCUCGCUGAAUGCAACAGUUGACGAGUAUUUCUCAUCGAUUGAAGUGCAGAGGCUAGAGUCGCGUCUUACGGAACGAGAAGAGACGGCCAGGAGAAAGCUUGAUGCAGUAAGACAAGAACACGAGAAAAAGAUCGGUGCUCUUAAGCAGACUCAGGAGCUGCAUAUCCGCAAGGCAGGGGCCAUUGAGGACAAUAUCUACCGGGUUCAAGAGGCAAUGGAUGCUGUAAAUGGCUUGAUUGCACAAGGUAUGGACUGGGUAGAAAUCGCACGUUUGAUCGAGAUGGAACAGGGGAGAGGCAAUCCCGUCGCGCAGAUUAUCAAGUUGCCUUUGAAGUUGUAUGAGAAUACGAUUACACUACUCCUUGGAGAAGCUGGGGAUGAAGUAGAUGAAGGCGACGACCUAUUCUCGAGCGAUGAGUCUGAGGGAUCGGAUGAUGAAGCUGAGAAGUCUCGCGCCGCGCCGGAGGUAUUGACCAUUGAUAUUGACCUUGGCCUCUCACCAUGGGCAAACGCAACGCAGUACUACGAGCAAAAGAAAAUGGCUGCAGCCAAAGAGCAGAGAACCACCCAAUCUUCGUCGAAAGCUUUGAAGAGCCAUGAAAAGAAAGUAACAGAAGAUCUGAAGCGAAGUCUCAAACAAGAGAAACAGGUCCUUCGACCCGCCAGAAAGCCAUUUUGGUUUGAAAAAUUCCUGUUUUUCAUUUCUUCAGAAGGAUAUUUGGUCCUAGGUGGGCGCGAUGCUAUGCAGAGCGAGAUUCUCUAUCGCCGCCAUCUAAAGAAAGGUGAUAUCUUCGUGCAUGCAGACCUAGAGGGUGCUAGACCCAUGAUUGUGAAGAACAGAUCCAAAGACUCAAAUUCCCCAAUCCCACCCAGCACUCUUUCGCAAGCAGGCAAUCUCUGCAUUGCGACAUCAAGUGCGUGGGACUCUAAGGCAAUUAUGUCGGCGUGGUGGACCAAUGCAAGCCAAGUAUCUAAAACUGCUGAAGCCGGUGGUCUGCUUCCUACUGGUGAAUUCUUGGUUAAGGGCGAGAAGAAUUUUCUUGCACCAUCGCAGCUUGUGCUGGGCUUUGCCGUGAUGUUCCAAAUAAGCAAGGAGAGUCUUCGAAACCACAAGACGCACCAAUUCGACGAAACCCCCACUAUUACAAAUCCGGCUGUAGAAGAAACCGGAGAUGUUCAACAUCAUCAAGAGGCUAAACAGGAUUCAAUGCUGUCAUAUGAAACAGAACAGGCUAGUAAUCCCAAAGAUGAAGAGGGAGAGCAUGGAUCUGUCUCUAAUGAUGAACCCGAAGACCCCGACUCUGUUCCUGCUGAGAAUCCGCUACAGCGUCGCGUGCUGGCGCCCCCUGCAGAAAAUACGUCAGAGGAUGCUAAGGACGCUGAGUUGGACGAGGAUGAACACCAAUCUACGAAUGAAGAAAAUGUCACUCCGGAGGAAGAAGAGGAAGGAGCCGAAGCAGAGACGCCAGCAGAAGACCUAGCUGCAUCAAGUGGAGAAGAAUCGCAACAGAAAGGCCAGCUUCCUAAAGCAGGGCAAGGAAAGUCGAAUGAAUUAUCGGAGCUUGGUCAAAAAGGCGCAAAAGGGGGCUCGAACUCAGCAACCAAUGGCACGACUGCUAAAUCGGUGGGAAAGAAACAGACGCAGGCCCCUUCACGAGGCAAGAAGGGAAAGGCAAAAAAGAUCGCAGCGAAGUAUGCGGAACAGGAUGAAGAGGAGCGUGAGUUAGCCCUUCGCCUCCUCGGUGCCAAUAAAGCAAAGGCAGACAAGGCAGCCGCCGAAGCUGAGGCCAAGGCGAAGCGCGAGCGCGAAGCUGAGAUGCAGAAGAAGCGUCGCCAGGCCCAGCACGAACGCGCGGCACAAGCAGAACGAAAACGACAAGCUGUCUUUGAAGAGGGAGCUGCUGAUGACUACGACGAAGAAACCGCUGUUGCGGAAGCGGCGGAUCUCGACUGGAUUCCCGCACUGGUUGGAACGCCUCAUCCUGAUGACGAGAUCCUUGCAGCUAUCGCAGUCUGCGCUCCGUGGGCAGCGCUCGGCCGUUAUAAAUACAAAACCAAAUUGCAGCCCGGAACAGUGAAGAAGGGGAAAGCAGUGAAGGAAAUCCUCGGCCGAUGGAUCUCGGAAACUACUACUGGAAAGGUUAAGAAAGAGCACGCUGAAGAUGCCGGGAUCCCUAGAGCUAUUGCAGAGAAGCUCCGUGCCCGGGAAGGAGAACUACUCAAGACAUGGAAGGACACUGAAAUUAUUAACACCGUCCCUGUUGGCAAAGGUGUCGCAAAAGGAUAUCGCUUAGUCAUAACCGCAGACGUCAUCGUGAAGAUUUUCGGUUUCUUCGCGACAAAUAAUCGACACAAUUUUCCGGGCAGCAAUUCCUCGGGUCUUGAGUUCAUUUCUUCACAAGUGGGACAAGGCGGCAAUAUCAUCAGGCUCCAUUGA